CGGAGCCCGGCUUUUAGCGCGGGGCCGCGCUCCCGAGCGCGCAGUGCCCGCUCCGCGCAGCACCCGCGUCCGACUGUACCACCCGUCUCCCACGUGCCGCAGCGAUGGCGAACAAGGGCCCAGCAUAUGGCAUGAGCAGGGACGUGCAGUCCAAGAUAGAGAAGAAGUAUGACGACGAGCUGGAGGAGCGGCUGGUGGAGUGGAUCGUGGCGCAGUGUGGGGCUGCCGUGGGGCGCCCCGAGCGGGGCCGCCUGGGCUUCCAGGUCUGGCUGAAGAACGGCAUCGUCCUCAGCAGGCUGGUGAACAGCCUCUACCCCGACGGCUCCAAGCCCGUGAAGAUCCCCGAUACCCCUCCUACCAUGGUCUUCAAGCAGAUGGAGCAGAUCGCCCAGUUCCUCAAGGCAGCUGAGGACUAUGGUGUGGUCAAGACUGACAUAUUCCAGACCGUCGACCUCUUUGAAGCCAAGGACAUGGCGGCGGUGCAGAGGACGCUGAUGGCGCUGGGGAGCCUGGCGAUCACCAAGAACGAUGGGCACUACCAUGGGGACCCCAACUGGUUCAUGAAGAAAGCGCAGGAGCACAAGCGGGAGUUCACCGAGAGCCAACUGAAGGAGGGCAAGAACGUCAUCGGCCUACAGAUGGGCAGCAACAAGGGGGCAUCACAGGCGGGGAUGAGCUACGGCCGACCCCGGCAGAUCAUCAGCUAAACCCCCCCUGUACCCGCUGCCCCCGGCCCAGCGCCGGGGCCACCACCACCCCUCACACUGGUAUUUAUUGGCACGACCGCGCCUGCCAUCGCCAGCGCCGCUCCGCAGCCGUGGGCUGAGCCCGGAGCCACCGCAGCCCUGCCGCAGCCACCGCCGCUCGCUUCGGGAGGGAGCAGAAUUGGUUUUGUACUUGGGGUUCGGUCAACAUUAAAAGGUUCUUCAUGA